UGCUUGCAGUAGAAUAGUGGAUUUAAGAUUUUUUGUUCCCUACAUAAGCAGUGGUAGCGUGCAGAAAAUUAAGGAAAAGUUUUCCUUGUGCGGUCAGUGAGCUGUAGGGAUUGAAGCAGCUGAUCGGUGGGCUUAGUGGAGCAUCAAAAGCGCAUUUACGAAUUGUGAAGAUUUCGGAAGCAAGUGGGGUGUGACAAGGCACGGCGCAGCGUCGUGCUGCCUAGCCAUCGUGUGCGAGAGAUAGUGUUCUGUCCCAGACGAAAAAACUGUUGAAAAAGUUGAGUGUAGCAAGGUCCAAACCUUGUGUGCAUGGAAAAACGUGGAUUUAGUAAGAACAGAUUAUCUCGGAGCCAUUUUGAUAUCUACCGGCCCGGCGUUGAAAGUAGUAUAUCGGUGAUCGCCAUUUUGUUAGGCAUUGUUAUAGGAAGAAAAGAACUGCAAUAGAGGUCAAUAAGUGAGCGGUGUAUCUCGAUUGAGUCCGUGAGUGACUCGGCUUGUGUCGGUGCGUUUGCGGUACAGCGGUAUAGCGGUAUAGCGGCAGUAGUACGAGCAGUGGGCAGAGAAAGGAAGAAAGUGAUCAGUGCUUUUUGGCGAUUUGGUGAGCGAUAGAAUUGUGAGACGACUCCGAGGGCUGCGCAUUAGACGAAAUCGACGGUGAGACGGGCGUUCAAGCGUGAGCAGAGAGCGGCAGCUUUUGUUUCCCGUCGACGAUUUAUCAUUUGUUUACGGCAAACAUGGCGGCACUGAUCGGUACGGUCGAUCAUUUUGUAAAAGGGUCGAGUUUCGCUAAGUACAUGGAUAGAAUGAAAAUUCUGUACCAACUGAACAACAUUCCAGAGGCCACAAAGAAAAAUCUUUUCAUUACCCUUAGUGGUCCCACGAUAUUUGACGAAAUUUGCUUAAUCUACCCAGGGGUUGAUAUCAUGACAAUUGAUUAUGAUGAAAUGAUUAAUAAAUUAAAAGAGCGUUUAGACAAGACUACUCCUAACAUGAUGAAUAGACACAAGUUUCAUUCGCGGAUACAGGGCAUAGAAGAACCGGCUGAAAAUUACGUUCUAGCGUUGAAACUAUUAGCAAGUGAGUGUGGGUUUGGAGCUCAUAAGGAUGAAGCUAUAAAAGACAAAAUAAUUUUUGGUUUGCGUGAUCAGGAGUUAAAGCAAAAGCUUUUGAUGAGGGAUGGCAUGUCUUUGGAAGAAGUUGAGGAAUUAGUGGUACGCAGUGAGCUUGCUAAGCUUCGAGCAAAGGAAUUGAGUUGUACAGAAGAAGGUCCUAGAAGUGUGAAUUCGGUUAAAUACAGAUUAGGAGACGUAGAGCAGCAGCGUAGCGAAAUAGGGCGAUCCACGAGGCAGUUUUCACGUGACUACGGACGCAGGCAGCGCAGUCGUAGUAGAAGCAUGGAGAGGGGACGUGGUGCUUUGCGGUCCGGUUUUAAUCGGUACAAUCAUAGAAAUGGAUAUGUUAACGAACAAAGAGAUAAUUUUAGAGUAUUGCGUGACUAUCGGGAGGACAACGUCCAUUCUAGUGUAAUUUGUAAUUUUUGUAAAAAACGUGGCCAUGUGAAACGUAACUGCUUCAAAUUUAUGAACCAAAGAUCGGUGAAUUUCGUAGAAAAGGAAAAGGAGGAAGUGGAGUACUAUGAUUUUAAGCGGCUAAAGCUUCAAGAAUCGGAAGAUGAAGAAUCGGAUUAUCCGUGCAUGAUGAUUUCAGCAGAAGAACACUUCAGUGAGCCAUGCGUAGUAAGAGUUUCGGUUAACGGUGUGCAGCUCAAAAUGGAAAUAGAUUGUGGUGCGGCGGUGACGGUUAUUAGUAGAGAUCAUUAUAGAAAACACUUUAGUCAGGUGCCAGUAAAAAAAUGCAAUAGUCGUUUGGUAGUAGUCAAUGGUCAACGUUUAGGUAUUUUCGGAAAAAUUGAGGCUGAUGUUGUGGUGGAUAAUAACCAGAAACGGGCUAAUUUAAUCAUACUCGAUGGGCCGGGGAAAUUCGUACCGCUGUUCGGCCGUGACUGGAUGGAUUUGUUUUACCCUCAAUGGAGAAAAGCUUUUGUAAAUGUAGCGAAUAUAAACUCAAUGGAUUCAUGCCGACAGGAAACGAAGGGUUAUGAAGCGGACCUUGCCCUAAAGGAAGAUAGACCCAUAUUCCGUAAAGCUUACGAUGUACCAUUCAAGCUGAGAGAAAAAGUAACGCAACAUUUGGACUCCUUGGAGAAGCAAAAUGUAAUUUCUCCUAUCCAGGUCAGUGAAUGGGCUUCUCCGGUCGUGAUAGUUUUAAAAAAGGAUAAUGAUAUUCGAAUGGUACUAGACUGCAAAGUGUCUAUAAAUAAAUGCAUUAUACCCACAACAUACCCUUUACCAUUGGCGCAGGACAUUUUUGCUUCCCUAUCAGGCUGCAAAUGGUUUUGUUGUCUCGACCUGGCGGGGGCGUACACGCAAUUAAAGUUAUCAGAGAGGUCAAAAAAAUUUGUUGUCAUUAACACAAUCAAGGGUCUUUACGUUUACAACCGCCUGCCACAGGGAGCCUCUUCGAGUGCGUCCAUAUUUCAGAGAGUGAUGGACAGUAUUUUGAUUGGACUGGAAUAUGUUUGUUGUUAUCUUGAUGAUGUCUUGAUUGCUGGUAGGACAUUGAAGGAAUGUAAGAAUAAUUUAUACCUAGUUCUUCAAAGGCUUCAGGACGCAAAUGUGAAAGUAAACCUAAAAAAAUGCAAACUUUUCGUACAAUCACUUCCAUAUUUGGGUCAUUUAAUAACAGAUGAAGGAAUAUUGCCAUCUCCUGAAAAGCUGCUAACAGUGCAAGAAGCCAAAGUUCCUAAGGAUGUCUCGGAACUAAAGGCAUUUUUAGGCCUAAUUAAUUAUUAUGGUAGAUUUGUGCCUCACUUAUCGGUCAAAUUGAGCUGUUUGUAUGCUUUGCUUAAAAAGGGUGCAAAAUACAUUUGGGAUGAGAGAUGUCAAACAGCUUUUCAGGAGAGUAAAACAGCUUUAAUCAAUGCCAACAUUUUAGAAUUCUAUGACCCAAAUAAACCAAUCAUAGUUAUUUCCGACGCUUGUAAUUAUGGUCUUGGAGGAGUUCUAGCUCAUUUGGUAGACGGCAAAGAAAAACCGGUUAGUUUUGUCUCCUUCUCGUUAAACGCGGCACAAAAAGCUUACCCGAUUCUUCACUUGGAAGCUUUAGCGUUGCUCUGUACCGUAAAAAAGUUCCAUAAAUUUUUGUUUGGGCAGAAAUUUACAAUAUACACUGAUCACAAGCCCCUGCUAGGAAUUUUUGGUAAGGAAGGAAAGCAUCAGUUGUGUGUUACUAGGUUGCAACGUUAUGCUAUGGAUAUGUCAAUAUAUAAUUUUGAAAUUCACUAUAGGCCUUCUUCUCAAAUGGGAAACGCUGAUUUUUGUUCUAGGUUCCCUUUAGAACAAAGCGUUCCAAGCCACAUUGACAACGGACAAAUAAAUAGCAUAAAUUUUUUCAGCGAUUUUCCUCUAGAUUUUUCUCAAAUUGCUAAAGAAAGUGUGUCGGAUUCAUUUCUUUCAAAAAUAGCACUAUAUAUAGCAAACGGAUGGCCUCAUAGAAUAGAAAAGGGUUGGCAACAGGUUUAUUCAGUACGGAAUGAACUGGAAAUUGCAGACGGCUGCAUUUUGUACCAGGAUCGUGUUAUGAUACCUUUAUCAUUGAGACUUCCUAUGCUAAAGCUGCUUCAUGCAAAUCACAGCGGGAUAGUUAGGAUGAAGCAGCUGGCCCGUCGUAGUUUGUUUUGGUUCGGUUUAAACGCAGAUAUCGAAAACUUUGUGAAGCUUUGUCAGGCAUGUUUAAAGACAGCAGUCGUUCCCAAACCAGAAAGUAACUCUUCUUGGAUGCUUACUACACGCCCUUUUAGCCGUAUACACGCCGAUUUCUUCUAUUUUGACUCCAAAACUUAUUUACUAGUGGUGGAUAGUCACACAAAAUGGCUAGAAAUUGAAUUAAUGAAGUACGGGACAGAUGCAGGUAAAGUUAUAAAAAAAUUUACAGCUAUUUUCGCAAGAUUUGGGCUUCCAGACGUGCUCGUCACAGAUGGUGGGCCUCCAUUCAACUCUAGCCAAUUCACGACCUUUAUGGAACGGCAGGGAAUAAAAGUAAUGAAAAGCCCUCCAUAUAAUCCUAGUAGUAAUGGACAGGCAGAGAGGAUGGUUAGAGUGGCAAAGGAUGUUUUUAAGAAGUUCCUAUUAGAACCGGAGACAAGAUCUUUGGAUACAGAAGAUCGUAUUACGUACUUUUUAAUGAAUUACAGAAAUACCUGUAAUUCUGAUGACAAAUUUCCUUCGGAAAAGAUGUUGAGUUUUAAACCAAAAACGUUAAUUGAUCUUGUUCAUCCUAAACGACAGUAUAAGCAUUAUCUGGAACCUCUUCCUGAGAAGGAAAAGGUUUUUGUAGAUACUUGUAGUACGCCCUCACAGGAUCCUUUUCUUAUGUUAACUUUGGGAGACAAAGUCUUGUAUAAGAACAAUAAUAAACAUUCGAUAGAGAGGUGGAUCGUAGCCAAGUAUGUCAAAAGAGUCUCACCGAGUGUAUUUCGUAUCUCUUUUGACAGGCAUGUCAUAAACGCGCAUCGGGAUCAGCUAAAACUCAUCAGGCCACCAGUAACUUCAGCGAGGUUUCAAAUUACGGUACCAUCGAAACAGUGUUCGAAAAGACAGAGGUCAGACAGCCUCUCUGGUGAGGAGGAUUUCCACGGUUUCCCAGAUGUACCUUUAGUUCCGGAAAACUCGGGAAGUGAUGGUAGGCGUUUCAAAAUAGCGAGACGCAGUCCCAUUCGCACGCGCAGUCAUACGAGAGCAAGCAAGACGAAUUGAAGAUGCAGCGAGGUAGCAGAGAUCCAGUUGACGGUGGUGGAUUACUCAGAUCCAAACUGUCAUUUCGAAAGUGUUGUAGUAAGAAGAAAAAGAGAAAGUAAAUUUAAGACAAAGUGAUGAUGAAUUGAUAUAAUUUAAUGGUUUUUGAGAUGUGACCUAAAAUUUCGAAUGCAUUGUAAGUUUUAACAUAACAUAAGAUGAAAUUUGUAAAGGGAAGAAUUUAAAAAGAAAUUUGAGUUUAAUAGUGUGCUAUUCAAUGAAUGUUCUGCGAUAAAAAAAAGUUCGAUAUGUUUCAACUAAAGGGGAAAGAACUGUUAUGUUCGACCUAAUGUCAGAAUCCUCACAUUCCAUAAAUGAAGUUUAUAGCUCAAUGUUCACUAGAGUGAAUUCAGAAUUAUAGCAGCUAGGUAUGAAGGAAGAAUAAAUAUACGACGGCGGUCUCUUGUAUCUUGACUGUUAACAGAGUUGGACGUAUUUCAUUUUAUCUCCGAAGCUAUAGAUCAGAACAUA